AGUGGGAGAUACGAAGGUAUAAAACCGAUCUGGUGGACUGGUACCAGCCAGUCCAAAGGCCAGAUGCGGCGGCGGCUCUAGUCGCACACGUGCGAGAGAGACGAUCACGGUACGGCGUGCGGUACUCCCCUCUCACAGGCGCGCGUACGCACACAGAACACGGAGUGCGUACGUACAUCGAUCGGCGGCACCUGGUCGUCCCUCGCUGGUGAUUCCGUGCUGGAUUUUCGCGGAGGGGUCUAGCGAGAGAGAGAGAGAGAGAGAGAGCGCGCGCGAGGCUCUCGCGUGCGUGAAUCGCGUUCGCGGGUCCAGAGGGAACAAGUUCGACGGAAGGCUUCCUGUCCUGUUUUCCAAGGGAGAGAAAGGACGACGAGAGCUCUGAGGACACAUUCCCUGGGACCACACUCGUCCUCUUGAUAUCGAGAAGGCUGAGAGAGGAUAAAGAGAGGGAGAGAGAAAGAGAGAGAGAGAGAGAGAGAGAGACGAGGAUCUCGCGUAGACACACGAUAGUCGCAGCACGGAGCACCGGCGCGAGGAAUCGAUCGAUCGAUUCGUUCUUCGGGGGUGAUCGACCGAGUGGGUUUCUUGUGGAAUCUCCGUGGAUUAAUCGUACAACGUAAAGAACAGAGAAAGAGAGAUCAACAGCCGUGUCGCGCCGAGGAGUGGUGAUCUCAUUCGUCUCAACGAACGUAGGAGCGUCUGCCGAAUAUAAGAUACCGAAUGAGGAUUCCGGAGGAGAGAUCGUCGACUUUCGGCAAUCCGGAGGAGAGCGCUCUAACAGGGUGGUUUCACGGGGGUGGGUCGACAUCCCGUAGCAUGUCGGCGAUUCGCAUCAAUGUGCAGCAAGAGAAGAAGGCGGAGGAGCAGGCUCCCAACGAUUGUCGCGAGGAUUUCGUUAGAGACAUCGAAACGACGGCAGUGGCGACGACGACGACGGCGGCGGCGGCGGUAGCUGCUGCCAGUAGCCCGCUUUCCUGGCAUAUCCCAAGGCCGUCCUUGGUCGGGCGCAGCGAGAGAGACAGCGAAAAUGGAAGCUGGGCUCAUCACUUGCAUCCGAAUUCCCCUUCGAGAGGGUCGACAUCAUCUCAAGGAUCGACCGCCAGUACACACAGCGCCGCGUCGGGCACGUUGCUGCUGACAGCCGCGAACUUGGCGAAUCUCGCCGCCAUACACCCGCCCACGGUGACGGCACCACCAAAGCAGAUGGACACCGCGUCGGUGGCUAGCAGCACCCACUUCACGGUCGUGAACGGCCUCGGCAGACCGGCCACUGUCUACAGGAAGUCCUGGUGCGCGCGAAAUCAGCUCACCGUGCUCGUAUGCACCAUGAGCUUUCUGUUCAUGGUCGGUCUGCUGGCCGGGAUCCUUUACAUGGAAAUGAGGGCUCGUGACAAGUACAACUAGGCCGAGGGUGACGGGAGGAAGCGACGACACGUGACCGUGAAUGAUGAUCAACGUGAUAGAGACGAAAGUGGCGGCGGCGAUCGUUUUUUCAUGGAGCGAGGAGAGGACGCGCACGACCCAGUCACGGAUAUAUCAAUUCGAAUUACUUCGUAUUUAUAUGUAUUGUACAUUAUUCGCCUUUCGCGGAUCGUCGACGUUCUCGCGCGCCGGCGGUUAGAGCUCUAAGUAUCGAUGUAUUGCACCGCGACGAAAGUGUGGUACGUGAAAACCCAGUAAUUACAUUUGUGUAAUGCGCGACGUACUAUUAAGCGUCGUUUAAAAAGGAUUAACGACAUCCUCGUGAACAGGAGGGAGCCUUGUAUAUUUAUGCUGAAACUAACGAAUUCCUCGGAUCCUCCUGCAAGAUACGAUCCGACGGAUAUUGUAACGUUCUUCUUUCUCUUUUCUCUCUUUUCUUUUUUUACGUUCAUCAACCAACCCCUUUUGCCGUGUGUCACACGUGUCGCGGAGAACAAACCGGUUUUUCUCGGAUUUUGCUUACCGUUCUCUUUAUAAUUAUAACACCUUUCUGAACACGGCGAUAUGUUAUCUCGCAUUAGAGAAGCAAUAUAUAUAUAUAUAUAUAUAUAUGUAUGUAUAUAUAUAUAUCAUAUAUAUAUAUGUAUGUGUACAUGCGGGGUACGGGGUUACGCGCGCGGCGGACGCCAGUGAUGCACGGUGUGGUUCGUGAUCGCUUCGAAUGAAAUGAAUAUUCUCAGUGUAUACGACGCUUCUGCUGUUUAGCUCUCGACCGAUUUAUUGUUCGCUGUAAAUUGCGUCGACACUACCCGUGAGUUAACGAAGAGAAGUGCGGAGAAGACGAAUAUAUCGGAGAAUAUCGUUGAAGUGAUAUCAAUCACUGGCGGCCGUUCGGCGAAAAUUCCAAUCUGUUUGUAUUUUGAUGAGCAACGAAUAUACCGACGGACAGUUCGAAGCAAUCGACGAAAUGAGACCGAGAUAGCGAGUAACUAUUUAGGGCUCAUAAAUUAAUUCUUAUUAACAAAUCGCCUUAAUCGAAUGUGGAUUUCCGUCGGAAUAUCAUUCCAGGGAUAAAUAGAAAGUGUGUAUGAAAAAGCAAUGAGGGGCGGUCGCGUCGAUCGCUUUUCGCGUCUGUGAUAUUACUUGCGUAUUAAUUAAUUGUCGAUUCAACAAGAAACUGUCAAAUGCACUAAA